CUCUUAAUCAUUGAUAAGUUAUGAUACAUAAAAUAAUAUAUGGAUUGUGUAAUCUAUUAGAUAAUUAUAUACCUAAUACAAAGAGGAGAAUGUACUAAAUGAUUUAUAUAUGAGGUGGAAAUAAGACAACAUUGCCUUAUUUUGUAGCAAAUAUUGUAAAAAUAUUAGACAUUGAAGCAAUCGAAAAAGAUUAAUAAGACUAAUCUGUAACAGACUAUAAUGCUACAAUUUCUGGUAAAGGUGUAGUAAUUAAGACUACAACAAGACAAACAAUCUUUUUGCCAGUCACACGUUUAUUGAAUGCCUCUUAAUUAAAAUCUGCUGAAUUGAUUGGUAUAAAUAAAGAUGGCUAUAUGUUAUAUGAGAAAUUACCAACUGAAUAUGAUGCACGAGGUAUUUCAAAUAUAUUUAAUUAAUAGUAAAAACUAUGGAAGUAGAUGAAAACCUAUAAGAAGAUUAUACUGAUAUAGGUGGAUUAGAUAAAUAGAUUGAAGAAUUAAGAGAAGCUAUUGUUUUACCUAUUGUUCAUAAAGAGAGAUUUGAAAAUAUUGGUAUUAGGUAAUAUUAUUAAAUUAAAUAGACCACCAAAAGGUGUACUUAUGCAUGGACCACCUGGAACUGGUAAAACUAUGAUGGCUGGAGCUUGCAUUGCUUAAACUAAAGCUACAUUCUUAAAAUUAGCUGGUCCUUAAUUAGUUUAAAUGUUUAUUGGUGAUGGAGCUAAAAUGGUUAGAGAUGCAUUUUAAUUGGCUUAAGUAUUUAUUGAUGAAUUAGAUGCUAUUGGAACUAAAAGAUAUGAUAGUGAUAAAAAUGGUGAUAGAGAAGUUUAAAGAACUAUGCUUGAAUUAUUAAAUUAACUUGAUGGAUUUAGUCCUGAUGAUAGAAUUAAAGUACUAUAUAUGUAUAUUAAUCAUUUCAGGUUAUUGCAGCAACCAAUAGACCUGAUAUUUUAGAUCCUGCUUUAUUAAGAUCUGGAAGGUUGUAUAGAAAAUUGAAUUCCCAUUACCAAAUUAAGAAGCCAGAGCAUAAAUCUUAAAAAUUCAUUCCAGGAAAAUGUCUGUUGCUAAAGAAACCGUUAAUUAUGUCGAAAUUGCUAGAAGUACUGAUGAAUUUAAUGGAGCAUAAAUAAAAGCUGUCUGGUAUUUAUUUUAUUAUAAUAUAGCGCUGAAGCUGGUAUGAUUGCCUUAAUAGAGGAGGAACAUUCUUAAUACAUGAAGAUUUUGUUGAAGGUAUUGCUGUUGUACAGGCGAAAAAGUAAAGUAGCU